AUGCAGCAACAGCAGCAGCAACAGACUAUAAAAGAAAUUCUUUAUCCUCGCGAAAUGGCAAUACACAAUAAAUAUCUUAAGCUUGAAUGUCUGUUAGUUCUCUGCAGUUCUAAGAGUCGUCUGGCGACUUUGAAUUGCCAGAUGUAUGCCAUUUACAUAAAACGCUUUAAAUUUCACACUGCAUUGGCAAUAGAAAUUGAAGGAGAUAGAGAUGGUAGGAGAAGAAAGAAAGAAAAGUAG